AUGACUUCCUGCAGCCGCCAGUUCUCCUCCAGCUCCAUGAAGGGCUCCUGCAACAUCGGCGGGGGCUCCUGCGGCAUCGGCGGGGGCUCCAGCCGCAUGUCGUCCGUCCUGGCCGGGGGCGCCUGCCGGGCACCCAGCGCCUACGGGGGCAUGACCAUGUCCUCCUCCCGCUUCUCCUCUGGGGGGGCCUGCGGCAUGGGGGGCGGCUAUGGCGGCGGCUUCAGCAGCAGCAGCAGCUUCGGCGGGGCCCUGGGUGCAGGAUUCGGUGGAGGUUUGGGCGGUGGCUUCGGUGGUGGCUUCGGCGGAGGCUUCGGUGGGGGCCUGGGUGGUGGCGAUGGUCUCCUCUCCGGGAACGAGAAGGUGACCAUGCAGAACCUCAACGACCGCCUGGCCUCCUACCUGGACAAGGUGCGGGCCCUGGAGGAGGCCAACACCGACCUGGAGGUGAAGAUCCGAGACUGGUACCAGAAGCAGCGUCCGCAGGAGAGCAAGGACUACAGCCCCUACUUCCGGACCAUCGAGGAGCUGCGCAGCAAGAUCCUCGCGGCCACUGUGGACAAUGCCAACGUCCUGCUGCAGAUCGACAAUGCCCGCCUUGCGGCUGACGACUUCCGCACCAAGUACGAGACGGAGCUGAACCUGCGCAUGAGCGUGGAGGCUGACACCAACGGCCUGCGCCGGGUGCUGGACGAACUGACCCUGGCUAGGGCCGACCUGGAGAUGCAGAUCGAGAGCCUGAAGGAGGAGCUGGCCUACCUGCGCAAGAACCACGAGGAGGAGAUGAGCUCUCUGAGAGGCCAGGUGGGCGGAGACGUCAACGUGGAGAUGGACGCCGCUCCCGGCAUUGACCUGAGCCGCAUCCUGAACGAGAUGCGUGAACAGUAUGAGAAGAUGGCCGAGAAGAACCGCAAGGACGCCGAGGACUGGUUCUUCAGCAAGACGGAGGAACUGAACCGAGAGGUGUCCACCAACAGCGAGCUGGUGCAGAGCGGCAAGAGCGAGAUCUCUGAGCUCCGGCGCACCGUGCAGAACCUGGAGAUCGAGCUGCAGUCCCAGCUCAGCAUGAAAGCUUCCCUGGAGAACAGCCUGGAGGAGACCAAGGGCCGCUACUGCAUGCAGCUGUCCCAGAUCCAGGACCUGAUCGGCAACGUGGAGGAGCAGCUGGCCCAGCUGCGCUGCGAGAUGGAGCAGCAGAACCAGGAGUAUAAGAUCCUGCUGGACGUGAAGUCUCGGCUGGAGCAGGAGAUCGCCACCUACCGCCGCCUGCUGGAGGGCGAGGACGCCCACCUCUCGUCUGCCCAGUUCUCCUCUGGCUCCCAGUCAUCCAGAGACGUGACCUCUUCCAGCCGCCAGAUCCGCACAAAGGUCAUGGACGUGCACGACGGCAAGGUGGUGUCCAGCCACGAGCAAGUCCUGCGCACCAAGAACUGAGGCUGCCCAGUAGUGCUCAGGAGACCCAGGAGACCACCCCCCUCUCCCACCCUCCUUGUGGGCCAGGAUCUCUAUGGAGAUAUCCUCUCCUGCCCCCCCAGUCCC